CCGUCCGUGUUCAGGUUCACUAGAAUCCAGCGUGGAGGUGGCCCGCACCGUCCCUUUGCGCAGGCGCGGUCUGUGGUCCACGCGCGGCGCUAUGCCGGCCACGCAUGUCUCGCGUGUCCGGGCCUUGUAUCGGCGCAUCUUGCUGCUGCAUCGGGUUCUGCCCCCAGACCUUAAAGCCCUUGGCGACCAGUACGUGAAGGACGAAUUUAGGAGACAUAAGACGGUUGGUUCUGAUGAGGCCCGGCGUUUCUUGCAGGAAUGGGAGGCAUAUGCAGCAGUGCUCUGGCAACAAGCUAAAGAAAACAGACAAAAUUCAACCGAAAAAGCAUGUUUUGGAAUCGCCCUACCAGAAGAAAAACUGAAUGACUUCCGUGAUGAACAAAUAGGACAGUUGCAGGAGCUGAUGCAAGAAGCCACUAAACCCAAUAGGCAAUUUAGUGUCACUGAGUCUAGAAAACCAGAAUUUUAGUCUCUACAAUAAAGCUUAACAAAGCAUUUAAAGUUCAG